UAUGGCUAAAUCCAAGUCUCAUGAGAGAACACCGAAAGCAAAAAAUAAACAUUUAAAUUAUGCACACUUUCGUAAAGAAACUGAAUCAUCACGAAUGAAUCUUUGGAAUUUAUCAUUGACUGUGGCUUGUAUGACUGUAGCAGCUUGGUUUGGUUACAAAGGUUAUUUAGAGACUCGUGUCAAUACUCCAUAUGACACUGAAAAACUUGUAACAAUAAAUGGUCUUGAUACCGCUGAUCGUUACUGGGGAUCUUAUCGCCCCGGUUUGUACUUUGGUAUGAAAACCCGAGAUCCACAAUCACUUGUAAGUGGUUUAAUGUGGUACAGACCACAAAAUUUACGUCAAGGAGGUGAAAGUUUUCGUCAUUGGUGUGAGCAAGGUGAUAAACUUGAUAAAUAUGGCUGGUUGGAGCACGAUGGAAAAACAUUUGGCAUACAAGAAAUUCACGAUAGUGAUGUUAUUAUAAAAACAUCAUAUGUUAAAAAACCAGGUGGUCGACAUGGUGGGGAUUGGACAGCACGGAUAUCAGCUACACCAAAAAAUGCAGAAUUUCUCCAUAAAAUUGGUGAAAUAUCAUUUGUUUUUUAUUCAGCACUUGAGGACAAAACAACUGGUAAUAUUAAAGCAUCCCUUGGUGUUGAUAAUCGUUUAUCAGGAAUGGAAGGUUAUACCGAUGGUCUUGGUGCAUAUCGUUUUAUCAUAAAUCCAAUAAAAGGGACAAUUGAAGAACAUUCAUUUUUAAUUGCAAUAACACCUGGUUUAAAUUUGGUUAAAGAAACAGUUUUACAAAAUUUACGACUCGCAACCCAAAAAGGUACAAAUAUUAAAAGAAUUGUACUUGGUGGUGAUCAAUUACCACUUGACAAUGAAGGUAAAAAAAUGGACCCAAAUUUUUGUGCAACACAAGUUACAGCAAAAGUACCAUUUGAAUUUGAAAUAUUGUUUGAAUCUGGUUCAGUGCCAUUGAGAAAAGAAAAACUAUCUGGUAAAAAUUUUGAAUUAACAUUAAAUGAACAACGUAAUAGAUUUAAUGAUAAAUUCGAUAAUAUAUUCAAAUUAAAAGAAAAAGGUUUCAGUAAUGACACAAUAAAUUUUGCAAAAUUAGCAUUUUCAAAUUUGAUUGGUUCAAUUGGUUAUUUUCAUGGUACCUCACAAGUACAAAGUAUUUACACUAAAAAUCCAGUACCGUAUUGGAAGUCACCACUUUAUACUGCUGUACCAAGUCGUAGUUUUUUUCCGCGUGGAUUUUUAUGGGAUGAAGGUUUUCAUGGUUUAUUAAUAUCAACAUGGGAUAUUGAUAUUGAACUUGAUAUAAUAAGUCAUUGGUUCGAUUUAAUGAAUUCUGAAGGUUGGAUUCCACGUGAAAUGAUAUUGGGAUCAGAAGCAAUAGCUAAAGUACCCGAAGAAUUCAUAACUCAAAUAUCAACAAACGCAAAUCCACCAACAUUUUUUUUAACAAUAAAACUUAUAUUAGAUAAUAGACACAAUGAAUUACUAGAUCGUCAUUACAAAUUAUUAAGUAAGCUUUAUCCAAGAUUGAAAGCAUGGUUUGAAUGGUUUAAUACUACACAAAUUGGUGAUUUACCAGGUACAUAUAGAUGGAGAGGUAGGGAUAGUUUAACAAAUCGUGAGUUGAAUCCAAAAACAUUAACAUCUGGCUUAGAUGAUUAUCCGAGAGCAUCACACCCAAACAUUGAUGAAAGACAUAUUGAUUUAAGAUGUUGGGUUGCAUUUUCAGCUGGUGUUAUGACAAAAUUAUCAGAAUUAUUAAAUCAGUCAAGUGAUAAAUUUCGUGAAACAUAUAAUUAUUUAACUGAUAACAUUUUAUUAAAUCAAUUACAUUGGUCAACAUCUAGUCAAUCAUAUGCUGAUUAUGGUCUUCAUACAGAUAAAGUUGAAUUACGGAGACCAACAGCACCACCGAGAAGUCCGGCAUCACCUGAUUUUAUACGCGUUGUUUUAGAUGAUCCUGUACUUAGACAUGUUGAUACAACCUUUGGAUAUGUAUCAUUAUUUCCAUUUAUAUUACAAAUCAUUGAUGCUGAUUCACCAAUGCUCGAUCGUAUUUUACAUGAUAUACAAAGACCAGAUUUAUUAUGGACAAAAUAUGGUUUACGUUCAUUAUCUAAAUCUUCACCGCUUUAUAUGAAAUAUAAUACUGAACAUGAUCCACCGUACUGGAGAGGACCAAUAUGGAUUAAUUUGAACUAUUUAACAUUAAGAUCAUUGCAUUAUUAUGGAAAUAUUGAGGGACCAUUUCAGUCCAAAGCUAAAAAAAUAUAUAACGAAUUGAGAGAUAAUAUAAUUAAAAAUGUGUUUGGUCAGUACAAAAAAACUGGAUUUAUAUGGGAAAAUUAUGGAGAUAGUUAUGGUGAAGGAAAAGGGUCACACCCUUUCAAUGGGUGGUCAAGUUUAGUAAUCAUGAUUAUGGCAGAAAUUUAUUAAUAUGUUUGUUAAUUUAAUUUUCUUUUUUAAUUUUACUUUUUUCUUUCAAUCAUAGUAUGAAAAUUAUAAUUUUUCAAAGACGCACAAUCAGUCAAUAUAAGUUUUUAUAAACAUUUAGUAAAUAUUUCUAAAAGACAAUAUGUGGGACAUAGUGAGAAUAAGAAUUAUUAACAGGUAAAUUAAUUAUAUUAUUUAAAAAUUAAUUAGUGAUAAACUUGAUUUUUUAAAACAGUGUUGUUGUCAUUAACAUUUCUAUUCAACUUCAUUAAAAACUAUAUAAACUAAUUCAAAAAAAAUUUAAAUAAAUAAAUUGCAAUAUUUUGCUUUUUAUAAAAGUUUAUUAUCAGGCUUUACAAUAAUACAAUUUUUAUGAAACAAAUAUUCUGUCUUAUGUUCAUGUUUUUUAUUAUUAGUCAAACUUAUGAAGACUUUCAUAUUUAAGAAAAUUAGUCCCGAUAAAAUAGAUAAAAUAAUAGUAAUUAAUAAUUUCAAUAUGAAGUUUGAUUAUAAAUUAUAAGCUAAAAGAUUUAUCAACUUGGAGAGCCUGGUGAUGCUUUAACAAAAGAAAAAGAAUGCAAGUUAAAAGUUACUUAAUAUUUUACUCCAAAUAUUCUUGUCAUAAUUCCUGUUAUUGUUAUUACUAUUAUUUUACUUGUUCAACAACUUUUUGCACAAAAUAUCAUUGAGUGUGAGACUUACGUUGUGAGGCUGGCACUCACCACCAAUGUAACGGUUGUACUUUAUUAUUGUUAUUACUAUUAUUAUAUUAAUUGGUCAGAUCAAAAAAAAAAUCAUUCCGAAAUCUUUCUAAUGUUACAGGUCACAAAAUAAAAUAAUAAAAUUUUAUUUUUUGAAUAUUCAAUAAACAAACUUGAAUAAACCGAUUAACAUUGUUCUAGUGAAUUAUUUGAACUUUAUUGUAUUCAAUAAAUAAUAAAGAAAACUCAGGUAUUUUUUAAAAUUAUCAUUAUUUCUUUAUAUUUAUUUUGAAAAUUCAUAUUAAUUUGCUCUUGAAAUCGAAACAAAUGUAAUAAUAGUAAAAAACUAAAAUAAUCAAUUCUGAUAUUUUUAAUUUCUUGUCUACAUGGGCUUUUAAAAUGUAUGAAUAUAAAUGAUAAUAAUAAUAUAACAAUAUUUAUUAUUCAAAAAUGUACGGAAAUGUAACAUUUUUCGCGAAAUUUUUUUUUUCAAAAUAUUCAGUUUGUCAUUUGCCAGUGUCGGUUUUAUAAUAAAAAAUCAAAUAAAAAAAAAAAAAAAACCGAUCAUUAAUUAUUGUGGGUAUAGAAGAUCUUUAAACCUGGC